AUGAUGGUCACUGCGAGAACCCCCUGGGGCUGGUUCCUAGGGCAUCUCUUCCUCGGGGUCACAGGAUCCUUAGCCUCAAGUGCCAGCGGCCGGAUCAUACAAGGCCAGGACUGCCGUCCACACUCGCAGCCCUGGCAGGCGGCACUGUUCUCAGAAGACAAUGUUUUUUUCUGCUCGGGCGUCCUGGUGCAUCCGCGGUGGGUGCUGUCAGCCGCGCACUGCUUACAGGAUUCCUACACCGUGGGACUGGGCCUGCACAGCUUGGAAGGCUCCCAAGAGCCUGGCAGCCGGAUGUUAGAGGCCCACCUCUCCAUCCAGCACCCGAACUACAAUGACCCUCCUUACGCCAACGAUCUCAUGCUCAUCAAGCUCAACGAAUCAGUGAUGGAGUCUAGCACCAUCAGACGCAUCCCUGUGGCUUCCCAGUGCCCCACCCCUGGGGAUACCUGCCUAGUCUCCGGCUGGGGUCGACUAAGGAACGGGAGACUGCCCAGCCUGCUGCAGUGUGUGAACCUCUCGGUGGUGUCGGAGGAGACUUGCCAGCUGCUGUAUGACCCUGUGUAUCACCUAAGCAUGUUCUGCGCUGGAGGAGGACCUGACCGAAAGGACACGUGCAAUGGGGACUCUGGGGGUCCCAUAGUGUGCAACAGAUCCCUGCAAGGGCUCGUGUCUAUGGGACAAGGAGAGUGUGGGCAGCCUGGCAUGCCAAGUGUCUACACCAAUCUCUGCAAGUUCACCACCUGGAUCCAGACCAUCAUUCAGACCGGCUAGCUGUGGACUGACCACCUCGCCCACAUGAAGCCUGCUGAGGGAACCAGAGACUCAGAUUUGCUUCCAGCCCUCUUCCCUCAGACCCACCCAUAAGUUCAGGCCACAACCUCCCUCCUCAGACUCAGGAGUUCAGGCCAUAACCUCCUCCCUCAGACACAGGGAUCCAGGCCACAACCUCCUCCCUCAGACACAGG